AUGCGCCCGGCCAGCGAUACUUGGAAAUGGCUCGAGCGAAAAUGCGCACCCCCCGAGCUCGGAGUGAGUGAUCGCGAGCCUGAGAAGGAAGACCCAAAACUAUCCGAUCUCAAUCUCGCCAACCUGAUCAAUACCAGAGCUAGAGGGCCAACUAUGUUUAAUAUGAAUGAGGAGGAGAGGAAGGAUAGGGCCGCCCUCAAGAAGCCAUCGCCAGGGCCUAUCACUCCCAAAAAGAAGAAGAAGAAGAAGAAGCCCCAAAACCACCACAAACUAAAGGCAGAGGAGCGUAUGCAAGUUUGGCACGGAAACGAGUCCCGUCACAUUCUCGACUUCUUUGCAAGCAAGGACUGGAUCGAACAACAGAAUAUGACUACAUCCCACGAGCACCUUACCGGCGAUCUCAACUUUCCUAAGCUGAAAGAAGGCCAUGAGCUAAAACCAUGGCAAGAGAUUGGGGCAAAAAAACUGGCCGCUUCAUGCAACUUUCUUCUGGGUGGCUUGAUUCUUGGAGACGAUACUGGACUGGGUAAAUCGCUCACGGCUCUUGUGGCAGCAUUGCAUCAAAGAAACAAGAUGCUCCCUGACUGCGGUCCUGUUGCCGUUGUUACCCGGCCUGCCUGCAUUUUGCAGUGGUGGGAAGAGAUUGAGCAGCAUUUUAGUGAGGAAACCAGACCCAAGGCAGUGAUCAUCGAUGAUGCCAACACCGAAGUCGCGGAGAUAUUGGAGUAUGACGUCGUCAUAUUCGCCAAUAGCUUUAUUGGAAAGCGAUUCACUGACUUGACAACGCUGAAUCUCUGGCUUCAAACGGUCAAGUCUGAUGGAAUUGGGGCAGCUCGCAAACUCUUCCCAAAGCUUAACCCCAAGAAGUUGAAUAUGUCUACGUCUACAGAUCUCUACCAUUUGAGGAAUCGCUUGUUCCCGGUUCUAAUCAUUGAUGAAGCUCACGAUGCCAAGAACCCCGAAUCUCAAUACCACCAAGCGAUCCGACAGAUACCAUGUCACAAUAUGUUUCUUUUAACAGCGACACCAAUCUUCAAUACAUGGCAUGAUAUUAGGGGUAUCUUGCUACUGUUCCCGGGGAGCCCCUUUCGGUCCAUCGAUGACUUUCAUCGUGUAUUUGCCCUAGCACCUUUGCAUGGCAAAGUUGGCCGUGGCGGCCCGGCUGGACCCUUCCUCAUUCUUCUUCGACAUCUUCUCAGUGGUGUGGUUGUAGCUCGCCCCAAGUCAGUAACAGACCUGCCUCCCAUUCACCAAAAUCACUUGACAGUGACGGACACCCUCCCAAAAGUGGUCGACAUGUUAAUUCUGGACCAAGCUACUCGAGCACAGUCGAUAAUCUGGGGAAACGGCGCCUUAUCAUCGCACAAUCCGGGGCGCGAUAGUCAACUCAAGAGAGGGGUUCGGCUCCUUCGCACGUCGCAGCAGAUGGCAAACAAUGAGACGCUUUUCAGCCAUGAGGCCUAUGAAGAGGGCAAGGAGAAGAGAGCCGAAAGGUACUCUAACUUUGAAAAGGGUCUCCAAUUGUCUAUUCAUCAGUGGCUUAAGGAGGGGGAUGCAACAUAUGAACCGGUUGCUGUAUCUCCUGAAGAAUUAACUCCGCAACAGUACAGCGACUUCAAGGGAUGGUAUAUACAUCAGUCCCACUUGACCGAAACUGAAGACGCCGCUUUGGAACAUUCGGAACACACGGAGUGCAAGAAGGGUUCCAAGCAAGUGAGAAUUGACUCUUUGAGGGCUACCCGGAAAGCACCCGCCAACGAGCUGAAGACAAUCGAACAAUCUGUGUAUGCUGAUGAAGAUUUCGAUUACGAUGAAGACCAAGAAGAUCCAGAUUUCGACCCUGAAAACCCCGAUUGCGACACAGACACUGAGAGCCGCAACACUGAGAGUGACCCUCCGAAACUCGACCGAAAACAAUCGACGGCUCAAAUGAGACAGAUUUGGGGGCAGACAUUGAAGAAGAUGUCCACCGACGAACUGGCCUCGCCAAAGGUCAAGAAAAUCACCGAAAUUAUCACAACAAUUCGUUCUCAUUACCCUACUGAAAAAAUUAUUAUUACAGCCACAUCUGUCAGAUUUCUUGACAUUAUCGGGGAGCACCUUUUACGCUGCCUGCCUACACUUACAAUGGUUCAUUUUAACGGUCAGAUCAAGGACGUGGAUGUCCGAAUGGAUAUCGCCAAGUGGUUCAAUUCUGGUGGUAUUGACCUAAUUAUAUUGAGCGCUGCCUGUGGAGGGACCGGACUCAACCUUCAUGGGGGGUCGCAUGUGGUCAUAGCCGAACAAUUCUGGACGCCGGGCCUCGAAAAGCAGGUGAUUGGGUGCGCCGCCCGUAUGCCGCAGAAAAAGGACGUUCAUGUGUAUUAUUUACACAUGAGUUCUAAAGUGGAUGACCUAAUUGCCAACCUACUGGCAAGGAAGAAGACUAUGGAACACCCACUUGAAUCGGCAUUUCGCCGUGGAGACAACGCACCAUAUGUUCAAGACCGCCUCCCAACCCGCUACGAUCUGGGUUUCAAGCUCCGCGGAUACAACGAAGAGUGGAAUAUGUUGAAGGCGUUGAAGGAGGGUAAGAAGGGGGGCAAGAAGGGGGGCGACCCAAUGGACUCGGAUUCAGCCGAUGAUGCAAUGAAGCCAGACGAUGAUGGAAUGGAGUCAGACGAUGGCGACGGGAUGGACUUGGAGUCAGAGGCUUCUGAAGACAAAGUCGAUGAUAAUAGUGACGAUGAGUUGGUCGCGAUAAGCAAGAAACGGAGGAAAGUCUGGUACAAGUUUCACUGA